AUGAAGCUUAGGCUUACCGAGUCCCUGACAAGACGGAGCGGCCAAGACCUAGCAGAGGAGCUUAGAGGCUCAGAUGUCAAUGACCUCACUGCUCACUCCAAAGAGAUUGAUGAGCUCCAGCUACUAUCGUCGAGCGGAGAGGCCGCAUCCUUGACAGAGAAGCUGAGAUCAAGCAGGAUAUCCGAAGUCGCACGGGUGCACAGCAAAGGAAAGGUUAGACAGAGGUUCUCAAAGCUAGUCAAGGGCGCCAGACAGACAUUUCGUUUGUAUAUGUACAAACGGCCUCAAUCACGACCUCAAGGGAUACCACCAGCGACCUGAUGUCAUGAGAUGGCAGGCUCAAUGUUUCGACUGCUAAACCUUGAAGGUCAGACUUUGUAUCAUUGGAGUUCUUCAUAUUGCCUUACAGGCUGAUAUUUUUGUUUGUCUUGCUUGUCCUUUGUGACGGGAUUUUGGGGAUAGUUUACUGUAGCGAUGCGGAUGAUCAAGCCGAGUAUGUCUGGAAGGGGACUUUGAAAAGUGGUAAAGGAAGGAUUACGUUAAUGAAAAGUCCAGAGAGAGCUAUAGAGUGUGGUCUGAUAUUGAAUUGGAUGGUCG